AUGGCUUCGCACACGAAGAAAGACGAUUUUUGCUUGGAGUGCCACUGGGAGGCAUUCCAUUUGGAUGCUAAAGACCCGGAAGAGCCUCUUGACACCGAGGCUCAAGUGGCCCAGUGGAAAUGUUCGCAAGAGGAGCAUCAUGCCGCGCUGCCCCAUUGUGAGGUCGGGGAGAAUUGCCCUGCCGAUGAGGACUGCUGUGACAUGGAUACUUGCUCCGUCACCUGCCCAUCGGUCUGCGAUGGGUUCGUUGAUUGCGAUGAGCUUGCCGGGUGCUCUGUAUCACACUGCGACGAGACACACUGCAACGAGACACAUUGCGACAGCACGGAUCCGGUCUGCUUCGACGAGCACUGCUUCGGCAGUGGCACCCACGCCGACGGCGAGCAUAGUCUGGAGGCAUUAUUAGCUUUGGGAUCGCCGCUGAACCUCGAGUCAAGCGACCUCCUGGCCCCGGCCACGCUCCCCCAGGCACCGGGGGAGCAGCUUAAGACAGGAGGGCUCCCUGCGGCCACCGGCUUAGUGGGUUCCACAGAUGCCUUUUUUGCUCCCUUUGCGCCUCUCCCGGUGUCACAUUGUCACUCGCACAGCCAUCAGCAUUUCCAGUGCCACGAUUUGCCGAAAGAUGCCCACCACGCCUGGUAUCCGAUGCCGACCUCAGUCAACCCGGCGGAUGUCUUCCACAUGAUGGGCGUGUGUCCAGACCUGAGUACUUGCCAUCACCAGUACCACGUGCAGCAGGUGCCGGACUGCAGUGAGCAUCAAAAGCCCACGGACGACGCCUCGAAUUAUACCUGCUUCCACAUCAACCCGAACCCGAACCACAACCAUAGUCACAGUCACAGUCACAGUCACGCUCCUCAUUUCCACACCCAUAAUGCGACCGACACGGCCGACAUGGCCGAUCAGACCGCCACACAGGAACCAACCACCUCCGCACACCGCAAACCGUGCCGUACGCAUGUUCAUCGCUGCCGGACACACAGCCACGCGCACCAUCAUUACUCCCCGUAUUCCCCCUAUUCCCGUCACUCCCGGUCCAGCGUGAGCUCCCAGAUCAGUCCCGGGGACACGCCGCCUCCGCUGGACGGAGGCUCUUCUGUCCUAACCAGCCCCGAGUACAUCCCGGAAAUCGAGUCACAUAUCUGCCGUUGGACCACCACGGUCGGUGGGGUUAAGAAAGCCUGUGGGCUUACAUUCUCGGAUUCGUGCGGGCUCCAAGAACAUUUGAUUGCCAGCCAUAUGGCGACGGUGGAGGGCGCCAAGGGAACUGGAUAUUAUUGCUGCUGGGAGGGAUGCCAUCGGCCGGACGAGCCGUUCUCGCAGAAGUCAAAGCUGCAGGGCCAUUUUCUGACGCACAGCAACUACAAAAAUUUCAAAUGUUCGGUGUGUGGCAAGUUCUUUGCCCGGCAAGCCACGCUGGAACGACAUGAGCGCAGCCACCGCGGGGAGAAGCCGUAUAAGUGUGCCGAGUGCGGGAAGUCGUUCACCGAUAGCAGCGAACUGAAAACGCAUUCACGCACGCAUACGGGUGAGAAGCCAUUCAAAUGCACCUAUCCGGGAUGCAACUUUCAGACAGGCGAUUCGUCCAACAUGUCCAGUCAUCGAUUAACACACGGCGAACGACGGCACAAGUGCCACUACCCGGGGUGCACGAAGAGUUUCACUCGACACGACCAACUUAAACGCCACCUCAAGAGCACACAUAAAGACCACAGCAGCAGCAUAACGAUGCCGUCCCCUCUAACGGAUCAAUUCGGAUCGGUGCUCGCCGAGGUGGCGUGA